AUGAUAUCAAUAACUGGCCUCCCAUAAGUAAGUCGUUAAUAUAUAAAAGAAUGUUAAUGAAGAAAUGCUUUUUGAAAUAUUUCGAGUAUAUGGGAAAUUAAUAGAAAUGAAAAUAAACAAGGAAUAUUAUGAAUCAGAAAGUGCUAUAAUUGAAUUUGCAGAUGAAAUAUCAGUUCGUUAAAUAUAUAUUGAAUAGAAAGAAUUUAAAAUAAAUAAUAACAUCCUAAAAGUUUCACUUCAUGAUGAUCAAAAUAAUGAUGAAUUUAAAACUGUUUAUUUAUUUGUAAAUAACAUUCCAUCGGAUAUCACUUAAGAAUAAUUGUCUAUAUUUUUUGAAUAAUUUGGACCUGUCUUCAAUUGUAAAAUAAAGAAAUUAAAUUAUUUGAACUAAAAACCAUAAUAGUAUAUAAGUGUAUUAAAAUUAGUUCUGGUUUUGUAGAAUAUAAGAAUUUCUAAACUACAUAAGAAUUAAUGGAAAUUUACUUGAGAUAGCCAUUAAAAGUAAAUGGAAAAAUUCUCAUUAUUUAACCUUUUAAAGAUAAAACUUAACCGAGAGCUUCAAUCUAAAUUAUGGUUUAAGGUUUUUGUAGAAAGUUGAAUCAAGCAGAAUUAAAUAUUGUUGGAAUUUAAAGAUUUAUUGAGUUAUCUUGGGAAUUAAUGAUAGUUGAAUAUUUUAAUACUAGAAAAUUGCAAUUGAAAAAUUGUUUUGUAAAAAUGAAAAAGGAUGAACUUUUUCUAAUUUUAAUACUUCCAACAUUAAGUGAUACCAUUAAAUUUAUGAAAUUAGCAGAUUAAAUUCAUGGACAUCCUUGUUUUUAAUAAGAUUCUGAUCUAAUUCCUUAAACUUUUCAAAAUUAUACUGUAGAUUCAUCAGUAUCUUAAAUAUAUUAACAAUUUUAAAAAUUAAAUAAUUAGCCAAGUGAAUAAUUUAAAUAAAGGUAAUUUCAAGAUUAUUUUAGAGGAAAUUUUUCUUCUUUUAAUUGUAGAUAUCAUUUUAAUAAUUAAAAUUAUUAUGAUGAUAGAAUAUUAGUAAUUUCUAAUUUAAAAUAAUCAGUUACAAUUGAAUAAAUGAAAGAAUAUUUCCUUUAAUUUGGUUUGAUAAAGUCAGUAAUAUUAAAAAAUAAUUAAUAAGAUAAAUUUAAGGAUAAGACUCAAGUAUGUUUUGUUUUAGCUCUAACAUCAUUUGAUGCUUAAUUAAUAUUAUAGGAAUAUGAAAAUAAAUAGAUAGAAUAUAAUUAAACUAAAUUUAAUAUUUCAGAUUCUUUAAUAAAAAUUUAAAAGCUUAAUUAUAAACAUUUUGAAUACGAAAAGAUAUUAACUGAAUUAUAUGAGGAAUUUAUAAAAAAAAAAGAGAUUUAAAAAACAGUGAAGAAAACAUUAGAAUUGAAAGCUAAAGAAUAUUUUAAAAGCUUUGAUUAAGUAAUAGAAGAAUAGGAGUAAUUUUAAUAACUUAGCUUACUUGAUUAAAAGUAUAUAGUAUAACAACUAAUUUAUUAAAUUGUAGCUAAUUAAUCUCAUUUAAAUUUGGUAGAUUAAAAAAGAAUAUCAUGUAUAAUAAUAUAUUUAAAUAUUAGGUUUAAUAAUAAAUAAACAUCAGAAAUUUGAAUAGAUAUUUGAACUCUAUAAAAAUCCUAUAAAAUUUACUUUAGAAAUAGAAGAAGCUGAGAAUAACAUAAUUUUAGAUUUGCAUUCGGAAAUUAUAAAGCAAUAUUAGAAUUUAGAUUCUAUUAUGAAUAAUUUUGAAGUAUUUUAUUCUUUAAAAGAUGAUUAAAAAAUUAAUAUCAUCAAGUUUCUUGUUAAAGAAUAAAUAAUUAAAGAAAAAUAAAUAGCUGAUAAUGAAGCUAGUAAAAUAACAAAAUAAAUAAUGAAGAAAUUUAAUAAUAAAAUUUAAGAUUUGAUUUGCUUUUUAGAAGAUGAAAAAGAAUUUUAGAAAGUUCUGAAUAAUAGUGAUUGA